AUGCUAUCGACGCUAUCUGUUGUGCUGUUCCUUGCAGCUGUGAGUUGGGUGACUGAUGCUGGACGUUCAGGACAGACUGGCUUUGAAACCCGUUGCUUGUCUUUUGAGCCAGAGAAGCUGGUUGAGAACUCAAAGCGCAUGCGCCUCGAGUAUGUCACCAAUGGCACGACUCUGGAAUUUCCAGACAAUGACCCGUCGUGCAACAGGGCCUCGCAGCUCGUUGCCGCCAAUCUAUGCCGGGUAGCGCUUUACAUUGAAACAUCGAAGCGGUCUGGCAUUACCUUCGAGCUCUGGUUACCCGACAAAUGGACCGAGGCAAGAUACAUAGCAACUGGCAACGGCGGCGUGGAUGGAUGCGUCAAGUAUGAGGAUUUGGCAUAUACAACUGCCAAUGGCUUUGCGGCCAUGGGAACGAAUAAUGGCCAUAAUGGCACUACGGGCGUGUCAUUCCUGAAUAAUCCUGAUGUCAUCGAGGACUUCUCGUAUAGAGCCCUCCACACCGGCACAGUAGCAGGCAAGUUGUUAACCAGCCAAUUCUACAACAAAACUCCCGCUCAUUCAUACUACAUUGGAUGCUCUCUGGGUGGUCGUAUGGGCGUCAAAGCUGCUGAAGCCUUUCCAGGUGAUUAUGAUGGAAUUGUUGCCGGAUGUCCUGCCGUUGACUUCCUUCAUCUACAAGGCGCGAGAGCCAUGUUUUAUCCCAUUACCGGUCCCGCUGGCCCGUCCAACUUUAUUCGCCCAGAGUUGUGGACUGGCUUAAUCCACGAUGAGGUUCUCAACCAGUGCGACCUUCUCGAUGGCGUGAAGGAUGGUAUCAUUGAAGUACCAGACAAGUGUUACUUCGACCCCGAAACCUUGCAGUGCCCGAUGCCCUGGUGGCCAUUCGGCAACAAGGACAAGUGCCUCAACUCUCAGCAAGUACUGCAGCUAAGGAAGAUUUACGCCACCUACAAGUACCCCAAUGGCACGCUCAUAUUCCCUCGCAUGAAUCCGGGUAACGAGGAGCAAGCGAUAAAGAAACUUUUUGCCGGGGCACCUUUCAGCUAUUCUCAAGACUGGUUCCGAUAUGUUGUCCUCAACGACUCAACAUGGGAUGCUAUAAACUAUGACUCCUCCCUCGUAGCCAUAGCCGACGCCCAGAACCCCUUCGAUAUCAGAACUUUUCCUGAUAGUCUUCCCGCAUUCAAAGCAAGAGGCGGCAAGAUGAUUAGUUACCACGGUGGCCAAGAUAACCAAAUCACGAUGUUUAACACAGAGCGUUUUUGGGACCACAUGGCCAAAGAGGAUCGCCACUUGCACGAUUAUUACCGGUUUUUCCGAGUCUCUGGCAUGUUCCACUGCAAUGCUGGUCCUGGGGCUUGGGCAUUCGGACAAGGUGGUGGUGCUCCGGCAGCGGGGAUCCCCUUCGAUCCCGAAAAGAAUGUGCUUGCUGCUAUUGUUGCGUGGGUUGAAGGAGGGAGCGCACCGGAGACUUUGACGGGGACAAAGUUUGUCAAUGAUACAGUGGCUUUGGGUGUUGAUUUCCACCGUAGGCACUGCUUAUAUCCAAAAACGCAGACUUACAUUGGUGGAAAUCAUAAGCAUGCUUCAAGCUGGAAGUGUGUGUAG